CGAAAAGUGAAGCAAAUAACCAAUUCUAUUCGCACUCAAUCAACUCUUGUCAUUGAUAUUCUUAAAAUGCUAGACAGAGUAAUAUUCCGUAUCUCUAUGCAUCGUAUCAUGAUCUCCAGAACCCAAAUCCACCUCACAAGUUUGCCUCGCGAACGAUAUGCGGCAAGCCUCGUCUCCGUACAACAUGGCGUGCCGUACCGAGGUAUGCACCACGAAAAUACAGGAUAAUGACUCGGCAAUUUAAGAUAUUUCCUUUUAUCUCGUCUGAGAUAUUUGAAGACUUUUCAACUGAGCUCACAGCCAUUAGAAAUGGUAUCUCGAGGUUUGAACUGAACAUACCAAAAUCUCUCCAGUGGCAGCAUGGAUCCUUUCAGCAUCGUAGCUCUUAUCUUUGAUGUGUUAAAUAUCGUCGGUCGCAUAGCAAAAUGCGUCCAAAAGGUCAAGGAAGCCUACGAUUCGAAGACGGGAUUGCCCAAAAGGCAGGAAAGUCUACUCGGCUACAACGAGGAAAUGAUUGAACUCUUCGAAAAGAUCCAAGCAAACUCCGAGAAAUUUGAAAGGCUCAAAGAUCUUUCGAAAGGCAAUGAUAAAGAUAUAGAAAUCAUAGUCACGCAAUGUCAGAAUAUCUCGUCAAAGAUCGCGUCUUUAAUCAUCCGAGAUAAACCAGAGAGGCCACACUCAAUCAAGGGUGCGAUCAAAGCGACAACGAAACUUAUUUUCAACAAAAGUAAGCUUCGAGACCUCGAAGUUGACUUGGGACGGGGCAAGGAGCGGCUUAAUCUGGCUUUGGCGUCGUCGAUGAAGACUCAGAUCGGCCAGAUUAUAAACAUGAUGGAGAACAGUAGUGUCGAAAAUAAGAAUGUUCAACAGCAACUAGAAGAAAUCCAAUCCAAGAUGAGCUCGGCGAACAAUAAUCUGCACGAACAGUUCCAACAAGUCCUCAGCCUUUGCCGUCGCGCACAAGAGAUACGGAAACUGGACGAGGUCUUUAGAGAGCUUAGCGAAUACCAUAAAGAGGGCACCCAACUAAAUCCAAGAUAUAAUGAGGUCCAUGAAAAUCUCAUUGACACUUUUGAGUGGAUCUACGAUGACCCACAGAGGCUCUUUGAGGUAGAACCAGACUUGAAGGUGUCGUUCGCUGAUUGGCUCCGUGAAGGAGAAGGGAUAUUCCAUAUCCUUGGAAAGCCCGGUGCUGGGAAGUCAACUUUGAUGAAAUUUAUUUGGAAGCAUAAAAUAACCAAGGACAUGCUGAACAUAUGGGCUGGCACGUCCCAACUCCUUUGCUUGAAAUACUUCUUCUGGCCUACCUCCCACCAGGAUGGCUUAACGGGAUUAAGGUGCUCCUUUUUGAAGUCUGCGCUAGAGCAAGCUCCAGAGCUCAUGGAGCUACUAAUCCCUGGUCACGAUAGCUUGGAUUCAAAAACUCGGGUACGCCUCAGUUAUGAGGAAAUAUCGCAAGCAACUGACUUGCUAAUAAGUAGCCCUCUGGUCUUAGAGAAGUACAGGAUAUUCCUGCUUAUCGAUGGCCUUGACGAGUUUGACGAGAUGAAGCAUGCCGAAGAUCACCAUGACUUGGUGCGUCUCAUCCAAAGCUGGACGUUUCUGUCGGCAGGGAGGGUCAAAAUUUGUGUUUCUAGUAGGGAGUACGAGGCCUUCAUGUCAGUCUCUUUGCGUCAGAAGAUUCGACUCCACAACCUUACUAGGCAAGAUAUCCAAACCUAUGUCAUGGAGGGUUUGGAAAAACACUCGAACUUUCCGAAGCUACGGAAAGGAUUUUCACAAUUGCAGAAUGGCCUCUGCGAGAGCCGCACAAGUCACACGUGUACCAUUGAAUGCUUGGUGGCUCAUAUCGUCGACAUAGCCGAAGGUAUUUUCCUCUGGACACGACUUGCUAUGAUCCAAUUGCGAAAAUUUCUGAGUAGCGAUUACGAUCCGCAUAGUGUAUGGAAUUACGUUGACGCCCGUCCGAAGCCGUUACUCGAUUACCUAAAGCAUAUGCUUGACUCGAUUUCUCCUUCGCACAAAAAAGAGGCAUUCGCGCUUUUUGGUCUUAUCAAUGCAUUUGCUUCUAUAAGCUACCAAGGGCAUGUUUCAAUUCUAGGGGCCUCAUAUUUGGCGGAAAAGUUAAGCCAAGCUGCUAAGGGAUCAAGUUAUCCGCGGUCUGACUCGAUCGAUUUUGAACUGCAAAGAGACGACUGGCAUAUCCUCACAGAAGAGCAAAUAAAUGCUCGUUUUAAUGGUCUCAUCCAAAUAUCAGAAGCGAGAAAUGCGCCAUAUGAACCACCAGUUCUUACUUUCGCUCAUCGUUCUGUUUUCGAAAUCCUGAAAAAUGAUACCAGCAAGAAAAAUAUCGAGUGCGACAUCAACAAAGAGGAGCUAGCAAAUUUGGCUUGCCAGCUUGUUUUUGGGGAGGUCAUUCUCUCCCACAAACAAUUAGUAGACCUAGAGAUUAGACAGUAUGGUUUAGGUAAGAUACGGUAUCUCGCCUACCUGAUUAAGACCCUAAAUAUCUCUGGGGGGGCUACAAUUGAGGAGAAGCUGGACCAAAUUGAAGAUACUUACUUGACACUCCAAUUUGGAACUCUGUGUCCGACCCUUACUGAGUUUUGGUCGCCGUGUAGUAUGUUUCCUCAGCGACAUGUCCGAGACUAUCGUGGUUCAAUUUUGAUUGAAGCUUCUCACAUUGGUCUUGUGGAGAUAUUACCCUGGAUAAUGAAAAGGAUGAACAGAUUUCCAAAAAGAGGAGCUUUGGUAUCUAGUGUGGUUUUGUCUUGUAUGCGCCGGCUUGAUAUAGGACGAUUGAGAUCGGGGCCCGACAACAUUAUGCUCCUGGCAGAAUUUCUCCGAAAUGAAUUCAUUGGCAGCGAAUUGCGCGAUGCGGAAGCUAGAGCGCAGAUAUCAACACACGGGUACCAUACUACUAUACCAUGGGUUGCUUUGGUGGGAGACACUAUGCUAAGAUGGGAAGAGGACACGAAUAGGUGGACAAUGAUGGAACAGUGGCUUUGCCAUAGAGCUAAUCCUCGCAUCCAACUACGCUGCUUUCGCAAAGGGGCAACGAGAAUCGUACCUGGAGCAAGUAUAGCACAUGAGACCAGCGUAACCAUUAAUGGACAGAAAGUGUCACAGUUCUCAGAGAGCAUGAUAUGGGGGGGCACAGCAAGUAUGUUUAUAAACAAAUAUUUAGGGAAACCUGUGACGCUUCGAGACUUUGUCAUGCUCUCUAAUGCUCAUAAUAAGCAACGACUGCUGGAACUUAUAGACAGCGGCACCGCCCUACUUGAAGCAGACGAAGCGGCGGAUGUCACCUCCCCUUCGAAGGCACCCGUUGCAUUAAACGGAUCCGAGGAUCAGCCCAACGAUACAUUGCGAAAGGGCAAGAAGGCUAAAUGGCACGCUAAGUGCCUAGGUAUAUGUAAUGUUUCCCUUGGAGCCUUACACUAUCACAUCGUUCUAAUGGCAGUGACCCUGCUGCUGUCCUAUCUUAUCACAGCCUGGGGCUCAUGGUCCUGUUCGAACUAUCCGGGAGCGAGCAAAAUGGACAGUCAUAUUACGCAUGACUUGUAGGCCCCUAAGUGAGUAACGAUGAACGGGAAGUGUUGAUGAGACUUGUGGAAAGUGAUGUACGCAACUGAGAAGAUGGUGGAAUCUAAGGAGGAGCAAACAGAGAGAUGAUAUCACGAUGUUAUGACAUGUAUGUUUUAUUUGUUGAGAACUGCUGGGCCUUCUUAUUACCGUUAAUGAUAGACUUACGUGUUUUCACUCCUUGCCAGUUCCUGUGAGAUAGUUAGAAGUCAAUUUAAUUGCACCACGAUGGUUCUCGAAGCUG